AUGAACGUAAUAACUGGUGGCUCUGAGGUAAGUAGAGUCAUCCAUUCAGCAGCCAAAAGACAUGCCAGGAAGACCAACUGGAUCAAAGGAGAGUCCAGCAGGACAGAGAAGAAUAUCAUCAACCUACCAGCUCAAACCAUUAGUUUCUCAACAACAGAGUCAACCAAACUCCUGAACCUGCAUCAUGAUGCUCUUGUUAUUACACUUUACAUUGCUAGAUGUCUUACUAAACAUAUACUUAUUGAUAAUGGCAGUUCAGCUAACAUUUUGUUUUUAAGUGCUCUCAGGGAAAUGGGGAUAGAUGAAUCAAAGAUCAUAAAGAAGACUACAAUCCUCAUCAGUUUCAGUGGAGAGCAAAAGAACACACUAAGAGAGAUCGUGGUACCUGUCUAUGCCGAAGGAGUCAAUCCGUGCACAAGAUUCCUGGUAGUAGACUCUCCGUCUGCUUACAACGUGAUACUAGGUCGACCAUGGAUACAUGAAAUGGAGGCAGUCCCUUCAACAUACCACCAAGUUCUAAGGUUCCCAACUAAAUGGGGGGUAACAGAAAUCAAAGUCCAGCAGAAAGACUCAAACAUGAGUGGGAUUGAUCCUGAAGUUAUUGUCCAUAAAUUGCAGGUUGACCCAGACUACCCACCAAGGAAACAAAAAAGAAGAAAAUUCACUCCUGAAAGGAACAAGGCCAUCAACAAAGAAGUUCAGAAGCUCAUUGAUAAUGGGUUCGUGAGGGAGGUGCAUUAUCUCGACUAG